AGGUCCCUCCUUCGGUGCCCUUGCUGCGUGUCCGGCGCAUUCCAGCCACUGAUGGAGCAGCCGAUGAGGUUCCUUUGGUUGAUGUUGGACAGUCCUGGAACACCACACGUAAUGCGCGGUUUGACGGCCGACCAGGAUAUCGUGCUGGGGUGGAGCUGCAGAUGACACCGGGCGAGCGAGGAUGCGCAAUGUCUCAUGUUCGCUGUUGGCGUGAGAUUGCUGCUGCCAGAAGGCCAAUGCUUGUGAUGGAGGACGAUGCGGUGCCAACAGGAAGUUUUUCUAGGCGGCUGCGCUCCAAGCUGCCGGAGGCUUUGAAGCUUGGAGCCGAUGUUCUUUACUUGGGACACAUCCCUGGUGCACCAUGGAGGGAAAAGAAGAAACCUGGACUCUAUGAAGCUGAAUACCUGUGGACGACUGUGGCCUACAUACUUUGGCCAAGUGGUGCAGCAAAGCUCUUGGAGCUGCUGCCUGUCGAUGAACCUGUGGACAACUUUAUGGCUUGGCAAAUUUCUCAGAGGACGCUCUUCGCCCUUGCCAUUGUUCCGGAGAUCGUGAAACAGGAGCUUCCGUGGGACUUGGCCUCGGAUGUUCCUCAUUCAGAUGAUGUCGUGCUGGACAAUUCAAAAAGUGGUCUUCGCG